GGGGCGCCGCCGGCCCCUCCCCAGCGCGCUGACAGCAGGCUCCGGGGCCCCCGCCCCGUCCUCUCGCCGGCGGGACACACCCCCGCCCCUCCUCUGCUCCGCCAGUUCCCGCCGGACCCACCGGGCGGCGGAGAGAGCUGGCGGGCGAGCCGGAGAGCGGCGGAGGCGGCGCUGGAGGGAAGGGGCGCGCGGCAGGCCCACGGGGAGCCGCCCGGGCGCACGGAGUCCGCGUCCGCUCUCGACCGUCCCCGCUCCGCGGCCGUACCUGAGGGCGCCGGGAGCCCGGGCAGCGGCGCGCCGGACCGGGGUGGCGUGGGGGCCGGGGACCUGGGAAGCGGGAGAAGGAGCCGGAGCUCGACCAGGAUGAGAAGGUGACGCCGCCGGGGGGCGCCACUCGCUCUGUGGGGGAAGAUGCUCGCCUACUGCGUGCAAGAUGCCACCGUGGUGGACGUGGAGAAACGGAGGAACCCCUCCAAGCACUAUGUAUACAUCAUUAACGUGACCUGGUCCGACUCCACGUCCCAGACCAUCUACCGGAGGUACAGCAAGUUCUUUGACCUGCAGAUGCAGCUUUUGGAUAAGUUUCCCAUCGAAGGUGGCCAGAAGGACCCCAAGCAGAGAAUCAUCCCCUUCCUCCCAGGCAAAAUCCUCUUCCGGAGAAGCCACAUCCGGGACGUAGCUGUGAAGCGGCUGAAGCCCAUCGAUGAGUACUGCCGGGCACUUGUCCGGCUGCCACCUCAUAUUUCACAGUGUGAUGAAGUCUUUCGGUUCUUUGAGGCCCGACCGGAGGAUGUCAACCCCCCGAAAGAGGACUAUGGCAGUUCCAAGAGGAAAUCAGUGUGGCUCUCCAGCUGGGCUGAGUCUCCUAAGAAGAACGUGACAGGUGCCGACACCCACGCCGAGCCCAUGAUCCUGGAACAGUACGUGGUGGUGUCCAACUAUAAGAAGCAGGAGAACUCGGAGCUGAGCCUCCAGGCCGGGGAGGUGGUGGAUGUCAUCGAGAAGAACGAGAGCGGCUGGUGGUUCGUGAGCACCUCUGAGGAACAGGGCUGGGUCCCUGCCACCUACCUGGAGGCCCAGAAUGGUACUCGGGACGACUCAGAUAUCAACACCUCCAAGACUGGGGAAGUGUCCAAGAGACGCAAGGCCCAUCUGCGGCGCCUGGAUCGCCGGUGGACCCUGGGCGGGAUGGUCAACAGGCAGCACAGCCGAGAGGAGAAGUAUGUCACUGUGCAGCCUUACACCAGCCAAAGCAAGGACGAGAUUGGCUUUGAGAAGGGCGUCACCGUGGAGGUGAUCCGGAAGAAUCUGGAAGGCUGGUGGUACAUCAGAUACCUGGGCAAAGAGGGCUGGGCACCAGCAUCCUACCUGAAGAAAGCCAAGGAUGACCUGCCAGCACGGAAGAAGAAUCUGGCAGGCCCAGUGGAGAUCAUCGGGAACAUCAUGGAGAUCAGCAACCUGCUGAACAAAAAGGCGUCCGGGGACAAGGAGACCACCCCAGCUGAAGGCGAGGCCCCAGAGGCCCCCAUCACCAAGAAGGAGAUCAGCCUGCCCAUCCUCUGCAAUGCUUCCAACGGCAGCGCCCUGGGUGUCCCCGAGAGGACCGUCUCCAAGCUGGCCCAGGGCUCCCCAGCCGUGGCCAGGAUUGCCCCUCAGAGGGCCCAGAUCAGCUCCCCGAACCUCAGGACAAGGCCUCCACCUCGCAGAGAGUCCAGCUUGGGGUUCCAGCUGCCUAAGCCGCCAGAGCCCCCUUCUGUUGAGGUGGAGUACUACACCAUUGCUGAAUUCCAGUCGUGCAUUUCUGAUGGGAUCAGUUUUCGAGGCGGACAGAAGGCAGAGGUCAUCGACAAGAACUCGGGUGGCUGGUGGUACGUGCAGAUCGGUGAGAAGGAGGGCUGGGCCCCCGCGUCGUACAUCGAUAAGCGCAGGAAGCCCAACCUGAGCCGCCGCACGAGCACUCUGACGCGGCCCAAGGUGCCCCCACCGGCACCGCCCAGCAAGCCCAAGGAGGCCGAGGAGGGUCUGGCGGGUGCUGGUGAGAGCCAGGACUCCCCGCUGAGGCUCAGGUACGAGGAGCCCGAGUAUGACAUCCCUGCCUUUGGCUUCGACUCAGAGCCAGAGCUGAGUGAGGAGCCCGCAGAGGACGGUGGGUCGGGGGACAGGCGGCCUGGCCAGCCCCACAGGCCCUCGCCCGCCUUCUCGCUGCAGCGCGCCCGCUUCAAGGUGGGCGGAUCUGCAGAGGACGUGGCCCUGGAGGAGGAGACCAUCUAUGAGAACGAGGGCUUCCGGGCAUGUGCAGAGGACGCCCUGUCGGCCAGGCGCUCCUCCCGGGACAGCGACUCCCCAGGCGGCUCCCCGCUGUCCCUUGCCAGGAAAAACUCGCCCAGAUCGGGAUCCCCCAAAUCGUCGUCGCUCUUGAAGCUCAAGGCAGAGAAGAAUGCCCAGGCGGAACUGGGGAAGAACCACUCCUCGGCCUCCUUUUCCUCGUCCAUCACCAUCAACACCACCUGCUCUUCCUCUUCCUCCUCUUCCUCCUCGUCCUUGUCCAAGAACAGUGGGGACCUGAAGCGCCGUUCUGCCUCGGACGCAGGCAUCCGCGGCGCUCCCAAGGUCGGAGCGAGGAAGGAUGCUGACCCGAAGACUGGGCUGACCUCCUGCGCCCGGGCCAAGCCAUCAGUUCGGCCCAAGCCGUUCCUGAACCGCACAGAGUCCCAGAGUCAGGAGAAGAUGGACAUCAGCACUUUACGGCGCCAGCUGAGGCCCACUGGCCAGCUCCGGGGCGGCCUCAAGGGCUCCAAGAGCGAGGAUUCGGAGCUGCCCCCCCAGACGGCCUUCGAGGGUCCCGGUGAGGGGUCCAGGAGAGGCUCGGCCGACCUCAUCACCCUGCCUGCCGCCACGCCCCCGUGUCCCACCAAGAAGGGGUGGGAAGGGCAGGCCACCUCCUACACGACAUGUAGUGCCUACCAAAAGGUCCAGGACUCGGAGAUCAGCUUCCCGGCAGGCGUGGAGGUGCAGGUGCUUGAGAAGCUGGAAAGUGGCUGGUGGUACGUGAGGUUUGGGGAGCUGGAGGGCUGGGCCCCCUCCCACUAUCUGGUGCUCGGUGAGAACGAGCAAUUCGACCCCCCUGGCAAAGAGCUGGACACAGUGGCCACCAAGAGCAAGCAGAACGAGGGCAAGUCAGACAGCCUGGAAAAGAUCGAGAAGCGGGUCCAAGCGCUGAACACUGUCAACCAGAGCAAAAGGGCCACGCCACCCAUCCCCUCCAAGCCUCCCGGCGGCUUUGUCAAGACCUCGGGCGCCGGGGCAGUGAAGAUGAGGAAUGGCGUGCGGCAGGUGGCCGUGAGGCCCCAGUCGGUGUUCGUGUCCCCACCGCCCAAGGACAGCAACCUGUCCUGUGCCCUGAGGAGGAAUGAGUCGCUGACGGCCACCGACGGCCUCCGAGGCGUCCGCCGGAACUCCUCCUUCAGCACUGCCCGCUCGGCAGCCGCAGAAGCCAAGGGCCGCCUGGUCGAACGGGCCGCCAGCCAGGGCUCGGACCCUCCUCUGCUGCCCACUCAGCGCAACGGCAUCCCAGUGUCCCCUGUGCGCCCCAAGCCCAUUGAGAAGUCCCAGUUCAUCCACAACAACCUCAAAGAUGUGUACGUCUCGAUCGCAGACUACGAGGGGGAUGAGGAGACGGCGGGCUUCCAGGAGGGCGUGUCCAUGGAGGUCCUGGAGAGGAACCCCAACGGCUGGUGGUACUGCCAGAUUCUGGACGGGGUGAAGCCCUUCAAAGGCUGGGUGCCCUCCAACUACCUGGAGAAAAAGAACUAAUGAGGAGUGGUGGGGGGCCUAAGUCCUUGCAGCCUCAGUAUGGGUGAGCUGUGAGAGAAGACAAAAGGGAAAGGGAAAAUGGGAGGGGGUGGGGAGGACAACGUUAAACCUGCAGAAUGUGGGACCUCGAAGAUACUCCCCUCCAGGCUGUCCCCCAGCUGGAAGGUAGGGUCUGGUGGGGGCCCACAUUGAGCAGGGAGUGGAAGGGGCAGGGGUGUCCUGGGCCUGGGACCGGAGGCAAGAAAGCUGAGCCUCACACGUGCACCUUGGGGACUCUGCUGAUGGACUCGGCACCAUUUGGGACAGGCCAUGUAGGAAACCCCAACUUGUGCCUUGGCUGCAAAUCUGGAAAAGGUGUGGUUGUGCGGGCCUCCUGUGCCCUGCCCCUGCCUAGCCUGGCUUCCGUUGCUGGCAUCUUGUACCCCGGAAGUAGCCCUUGUAUCAUCCUAAUCUGUGUUUGUGAGUUACGCUGGUUUCCCAGGAAUCUCUGCCGCCUACCAUGGGUGGGUGUGGUAGGAGAUACCACUGGCCCUGGGGCUGGGAGGCAUCUCCUGUGAGCUCAGGCUGUCCCUGGGCCAGGCCACUGUUUCUUGUUAGUUGAAGAAAAAGCAGUUCUCCAGCUGCCAGCAAGGACCACCAUUCUUAGCCGUCACUGCUGCUGGCCUUGAGAAGAGAGGCUGCCCUGCCUGGGGCACCCCCGUGGAGGACCACCAGCUCCAGUGUUCACAGAGAGGGCAGGUAGAGCCGUCGGUCUUUUCACAGUCUGCACAGACUUUAUUUUGGAUAUUUCUGGGUGGGCAGUUCUUUGCAAGUUUUGGGAGAGGUGUAUUGCUUUGGGCCUUCUAUGUCAGGCCUUGGGUUUUGGUCUUACUUUAGGAGUUGUUUGGGGACCCAAGGGCGGUCAGCCUCACGGGACGGGAUGGGUAGUGGAUGGCCUUUCUAUUAUACUCUUGUGGGGAGGUGGUUUGGUUUGUGUUUUGCAUUCUUCCCUCCACAAGCCAAAGUCGCUUCAUUUGGUUUCCACUGUGUGGACAGUACCGGUGCUUGCCAGAGGGAUCUCGGGCUGGAGGAGCCCUGGUCCCAGCCGUGGCAAAGCAGAGACGCUGCUCUCCUGGUUCUUGUGCAACCUCAGCAGGGCAGAACCCUCAGCAGGGAGGCGGGUGGUGUUCAGGAGAGGGGCAGCGAACGUUCCCCUGCCUGGGCAGGGCCCGAAGCCUUAUGUGAAGGCUGUGGAGCAGCAGCCAUCGCCCUCACCCUGGGCCCAGGGGAACCUGCUGGGCGGACACCACCAGGCACCCUCUGGCCUGCAAGCAAUAUCGCAGGUGCCCGAGGAGGCGAAGAUCCCUGGGCCAGGAGCCAACCUGGUCUUUCCGAGGGGCAGUGCCCCUGCAAAGAGAGAAGGGAGAGAAUGACGUCCCUGUCAACUCUGGGUGGUGUCUUUCAGUCGACACUUCAGAGGCCAAACUGGCUUCCCCAAGGACUCACUCUUCACUGGGAGUGGAUUUCCACACGUGCCUUUGAUUGUGGACAGAUCAGGCGUCACAGCCCCCGACUCAGCUGCCAGAUCCUGGACUAAGGAGGAAAGGCCCUCCCUCCGCCCACACUCCCCCCGCCCCCCAGGCAGCGUAUGAUGCCUGAAGAACAGCGGGGGACCCGCGCCUCGUGCCCUCAGCCCCCAGCCGCCCUGCCCUCCUCCUUCGCCGUACACUGACGCCUGGCAGCUCUAGCAAACUGCUCCCGUUCUAUGUUGAAAAGGCCGUGGUGAGAUUUUGCUUCCUUUUGUUUGUUUAAAAUUAAAAUUAGUUACUAUUUUCUUCUGCUGGACAGUAUUAAAUAGAGCAGGAUGUUGAGUUAUCUGCUAGAUUGCAGUACUAAUGGUAGUGUUGUAGUGUCUUCAUAUUAAUAUUAUUUGGACUUAUUUGAACAAUAAUGAUAAAGAAGUGGUUCAUUAUUUUUUAAUUAAUGCACUUUAAUACGGUGGAAUGGAAAGAAACCCAGAGAGCAAAGUGCAUUACUUAAAGAUGCAGUAUAUACUUUUCUCAUUUUUAAGCAGCACAUAUUUAUUAAAAGAAAAAAAAGUAAUUUAUGAUUAUUUAAAAUAAAAUUUAAAAGUAGAGUGAUUGUCGGGUUAAAGGACCUUCCACGUAGCUAUCUUCCAGGGGGAUGGCCCCAGCGGCCUCACUCCUCAAUGUCUGCACUGAGCCAGUUCAAUCAGUAACACGCCAGCCAGGCCAGGAAGGAGUGCAGGACGCAUCUGCUAAGCACAGAGCAUCUCAGUCGGACUGGACCACAGUGCUCCCCAGAGCCUAUCUUUCCCUGCCCUUCCUCACUGCACUGCCUUGUGGGACUCUCCACCACCCACAAGGCAGAUGUUCUCCCAGCCCCCCAAGGACCCUCUCUCCUUAAUCCCCAGUGCCCUUAAGUGAGUCAUUGUAAGUGACCUUCAGGGUCACUCCAUCCCAUACCCUCUUGUUACUGCAGCCCAAAGACAGGAAUUAGCUUUCCCCAAAUCACAUAGCUAGUUAACGGCAGACCUCCCCACUGCAUCCACCCCUGCACUCCUCCCCAGCCCCGCUAGAGUUUAUAGUGUGGUCAUCAUGUUUACAAUGUGACAUCCAGCCCCGAGGAUGGCUGGGGGUUGCUCAGGCAUCCAGGAAAAGUAGAGAAUGCUGCCACCUGGUGACAGCAUGUAGCUCUGGGCAGUGAACAGGGAUUGCCAUGCCCCGUCUUCGCCCCUUGCCCCUCACCAUCACCCCCUUACAGCACAGCACAAACCCUGCAAACCCAAAGAGAAUAUUAAUACUUGAAGCAAGAAGGGUGCAUGCCAGUCCCUCUCAGACAUGGCCAGGGGAUGCCAGGCCUUGUGCCCCUGGACUCCUAGCCCUGCCCAGGGCAAGAGGGCUUUUCCCUAGAGCUACUGAGCUGCUUUGUGACGUUGGAGGGUACUUCUGGCAGCAGGUAGAGGAGGGAGGGGUCUGUGGCUCUGACCCAUCUGGAGGAAAACCAGAUCGGACUUUAAAAGGUUUAAAAAAAAAAAAAUCUCAGCAGUGUCCAAACCUAGUUUUCCAUUAGUUGCGAUUGAAAAUGUGAAAUGACGUUGUAUUGCUGUAUACUGCAACUUUAAUCAAAAUGAGCCCUUCUGAGGUCAUUAUUGAGGUUUAUAUAAUGCCCGAAGAUGCAUCAUUUGGUGCUUUUCCUUUCAGUUUAAAGACUUUUUUCUUUUAUUACAAGGGAAAAAGAUGUUUUCAUCUCUCUCCCACUUUGUAACAGGGGCCUGGCUGGGCUCCCUGGCCCCAUCAUGCUGUUCCCACUAGGCCAAGGGACCCCGAGGGUGGCAAGAGGGAGCUGGAGGGGGCAGCCUGAACAGCAGGUGUGCCAUCUGCCCCAGCUGUGGCUGGGCCCUCUGGCCAGCCUUCAGCCCGUUCACCCCCAGCCUAGCCCCACAGGGUCCUCUUUCUUCCUCCUCCAUGCUCCAUCUUGACGAAGGCAUUAUAUAGAAUCGUUUUAAUCACUUUCAGAUGUUAGAGCAGCGUAUUUUACUGGCAUUUAUAUCCAUUGCUUUCCUCAGCAAGGCAUGUUACUAUUAUCAUCUAAGGAAAAAAGACAAGGGAAUUUCGGUCAAGCAUUAUUUUCAUAUUACUAGUAUUUGCAGAAUAGGUGUAGAACUAUUUAAGUUUAGACCUUGGUUUGGUAGUUUGUUUUGUUUUUAUGGAAAAAAAGAUAAAGUAACCCCUACUUUUCCUGUU